AUGUCUUCCAAUCCUGAUCCCAGCUCUCACCCCCUCAUCCUAACCCAUCCUCCCCCACUCAAUCCAGCCUGGGAAUCACAUAUCCCUCAUCUCCCAGCGCCUAGUACCUCCACCUCCCCUGAUGUCCGCAGAUCUGUAUACAGUCAAAAUUGCAUCAAUCAAAACACCAGUCUUCUCCGCACUUCUCUUGUUCACCUUACUCAGAACCUCCUCAUAACCUCUGCUUCCAUCCCUUCACCAUCCGGCCACGAGAUCCCUACUCGCCUCUACACUCCCACUUCCACCACCAACUCCGCCUCUGUUCCCAAUUCAGAUUCUCAACCGCUGAUCAUCUAUUUCCACGGCGGCGGUCUUUACGUUGGCGAUCUUGAUUCCGAAGAUCUAACAUGUCGUCAAUUGUCCCUUUCCCUUUCCCUCCCACUCCUCUCAAUAUCCUACCGCCUACUCCCCGCUUUCACUGCCGACGAUGCUGUCUCCGAUGCACUGUCCACUUUCACCCAUCUCUGCACUCAAUUCCCUUCCCGAAAAUUCGUCCUUGUGGGAAGUUCGAGUGGGGGACAACUGGCUGCUACCGUCGCUUUGACUUUCAUUCAAAAGGGAGAUGGGAUUGAGAAAGAAGAAGGAAAGCGGAUACUAGGAGUUAUCUUGAGAUGUCCAGUAGCAUGCGAUGCUACUGAUAACGGGACAAGUAUUCCAGAGGAAUGGAAAAGUAUACACACGAGUAUGAAUGAGGAGUUUUAUACAGGGAUAUUAAACAAGCCGGCUGUGACAAGAGAAAAUAGAGUCAAGGGGUACAAGAUGCCUUUGGAGUUGUUGGCGGAGAUGCCGAAGCUUACCAAGACACCCGAGCCUGUUGGAAGCGGCCAAGAAGACGUCAAUACAAAAUGGUUCAUACAGCUUUGUACUAACGAUAUAUAUUAUUCUGACGGGGUAUGUCUUGCGCUUGGGUUGAAGGGGAGAGGACAUAGUGUGAAGAUCCGAGUAGAAUUUGGGUGGCCCCAUACGUUUUGGUUGAAGGGGAUGGUAUUAGAAGAAGCUCAGAAGACCGAAAAGGAACUGAUUAAAGGGGCGAAGUGGGUUCUGGAUAGACCGGGGGGAGCUGAGCCCAAAGAAGUCCAGGGACAGAAAUUUUGGGUGGAAUGGAGUGAGGAGGCCAAUCUGUGA